AAUUACUCAAACACGAAAUACCCAAGAAAGAAAGCGCCUAUACCAAGAGGACAGAAAGACGAAAAAGAAACACCGUACACAGCCAGCACAUGGGUCAAAACUGACACACGCUCCUUCCUCAACCCCAUAGUGGCCUACUCCAAUUCGCCAGGCUCGUCCUCGUCCUCGUCGUUUGGCGACCGGCCCGCUCGAUCCCACCACCGACGGCGUUCCUCGACAACGAAUAUCGCCAUCAAUGGCCCUCCGCCUUCGACACAGCUUUUGAACGUGACUGGUCUUGGUAUUCACAGCCGCCACCCCACUCUGCUGUCGCCCAUUCCAGGCACCCCAAGCGAUCCGGACAUGUCGCCGUUACGAACUCCAUCCCCAUUUCCCGGCGGAGGCUGGUCCAGCCCCGGACUCACCAGCGGUAGAUCCAGCCCCUCGAGGGGGGUCGCGGGAAGCACAGAAGGCCACAGUCCCAUAAUAUGGGAGGGUUCCCGGGCGAACCAGAACGGCGGCUCCGGUAAGGCCGGUCCGUCGUCUGGCUUCAGAGCGACGAACGCGGGCACCAACCAGCGCGGCAUAAUGGGUCACGUUCGCAGGCUGUCAUCUGGUCUUCCUAUGUGGAACAACGGCAAGACCGUCAAGUCGGCAUAUAGCACCAAGGACAAGACCGCGGGUCAGAGGUGGUACAGCCCGAACAGAGUCCCGUUGGUGGCCCGGGCGAGAAGGGGAUACGCGAGGAUGAACAGGACAGCGAGGAUUGUUCUUUGGCUCUUGGUGCUGCUGGGCCUUUGUCUUUACAUCUUUUACCAUUCUCCGCUCGUAUAUCAUUGGAGGAGAUCCUCAAAGCUCGGCGGUGGUGAGAAGAUUGUCAUCAUCCUCGCGGCCAAUAUUGGCGGAGGUGUUAUGGAGUGGAAGGGAGCUCGGGAGUGGGCGAUCGAGCGAGACAGCGUGCGCAACAAGAAGAAGUAUGCCGCCACUUGGGGUUACGAUCUUGAGAUUGUCGACAUGAGCACCAAGAAGCGAUAUGCCCACGAGUGGCGCGAGAGCUGGGAGAAGGUUGACUUUAUAAGGAGUUGCAUGAAGAAAUACCCCAAGGCCGAGUGGUUCUGGUGGUUGGACCUCAACACCUAUGUCAUGGAGCCUUCGUACUCUCUUCAAGAACACAUCUUCGACAACCUGGAUCAGCACAUCUACCGCGACAUCAACGAGUACAACCCCUUGAACAUCACCCAUCCUCCCAACGACCCCUUCCUCGACGAGGAGUCCCGCAGCGCCGUGGGUGAUGGCCGGCCCGAGUCGGUCAACUUGAUCCUCUCGCAGGACUGCUCGGGCUUCAACUUGGGGUCCUUCUUCAUGCGACGGAGCGAUUGGACAGACCGCCUGCUCGACGUGUGGUGGGACCCGGUCGCCUACGAGCAAAAGCACAUGGAGUGGGCUCACAAGGAGCAGGACGCCCUCGAGCAGCUGUACGUGGCCCUUCCCUGGGUUCGCAAGCACACUGCAUUCCUGCCGCAACGCAUGAUCAACAGCUUCCCGUCAGGUGCCUGUGGCGACAACGGCCCUGACAAGCGCUUCCACUACGACCAGACGGACCGAGACUUUGUGGUCAACAUGGCCGGUUGCGAAUGGGGUCGUGACUGCUGGGGAGAGAUGUACAACUACCGUGAGCUGAGCUACUACCUCAACCGAACCUGGUGGGAGCGGUUCAAGGAGGACCUCCUCUGCGCCAUAUGGUUCAAGCUCACCGGUCAGAAGGUCAAGUUCUGA